CUCCCACCGCUCACCGUCCAGGGCAGCAGAGCCACUCCCUGAGGCCCGCCGGCUCGCUGGAACUUCUGGGGCGGAGCCGGGGCGGGCGCGUCCGGGGGCGGAGUGGGAGUACGCGUCACUUCCGGGGGCGGGUCGGGCCGCUCGACAGACCAGCGCUCUCUCCACACAGCGGCGCUCCGCGACCAGCGAUCUGAUUGGUCUUCGCGGGAGGGCGCGCGGCGCCAAACUCGCUUCCCGUCAGCCCCCUCCGGCCCAUUCUGUGGCCGCGCGCACGUUCGCGCGCCCGGAGCUCGCGCCUGCGCCUCGUCGCCAUUCGGGAGGCCGCUGCGCCGCAGGGCCUCGCGGAGCCGUCUGGGACCGCGAGCCCGGCCUCCCGCAGUCCUUCCCCGCCUGGACGCCGCCCGCGGCCCACCGGUUCAACUGCUCAUCUUUGUCCUUCUUCACGUACUACACACUGUCUUCUGUGGUUUAGUCGAAAAGCCAUGUAGACUUGCCUGCCCUUUGAAGACCGCUUUUAAGACUUCUAGUAAGACAGCUGAAACACAGAAACCUGGCCCAGUUGUUUCCAGAAUCACCAAAACAUGUACUUCUCACUUCCCUGGAGUCUGGCCCUGUUGUUUCUCCUGAGCCACAGACACCUUCUCUUCCUUAAAUGAAAGCUCGUUGCAGAAAAAUAUGCUUAAUAUCUCAUUUGUGUAGAAUGUGUAAACAUAGACCUUCUCUUCGGUGACACAUAAGUACAGUGGCUACCCCUGGGGAGUGAUACUGUAGUCAAAGUGUAAGGCACAUGCAAUACAUAAUUCUGGAGUGAAGCUUGGGUCCCUGAUAGUCCUAUAACCUGGCACUGUUUUUAAAGAAUAUAAUCGUGUAUGUUAGAAAAAUGGAAGUAUUCCAGGAACUUCGUAAGCCAUCGGCACGUUUGGAGUGUGACCACUGCAAUUUCAGAGGCACGGAUUAUGAAAAUGUACAAAUCCACAUGGGUACCAUCCAUCCAGAAUUUUGUGAUGAAAUGGAUGCUGGUGGGUUAGGUAAAAUGAUAUUUUACCAGAAAAGCGCAAAGCUAUUUCACUGCCAUAAAUGCUUUUUCACCAGCAAGAUGUACUCUAAUGUAUACUAUCACAUCACAUCCAAACAUUCAGCCCCAGAGAAAUGGAAUGAGAAACCAAAAAAUCAGUUAAACAAAGAAGCAGAUCCUGUGAACAGCCCUUCUGUUCCUGAACACCAGAAAAUGGCCUCUAAUUCAGCAGAACUCCUGAAACCUAUACCUGCCCUUUCCAUAGAAACACAGAAAUUUGGCCCAGUUAUGUCUCCAGAAUCACCAAAACCUACUCCCCUUACUUCCCUGGACUCUCAGAAACCUGGCCCUGUUGUUUCUCCUGAGCCACAGACACCUUCUCUUCCUUCUCCCGAGCCUCCAAAACCUGCCCCUGUUUCUUCUCCUGAACUUCCAAAACCAGUCCCUCUUGUUUCUGAAUCUCAGAAACCAGUCCCUGUUCCUUCUCCAGAACCACAGAAACUUGCUCCUGUAUCUCCUGAGCCAGUAAAGGCAACUCUUACUAAUCCCAAACCCCAGAAACACUCCCAUUUCCCAGAAACACUGGGGCCACCUUCAGCCUCAUCUCCAGAGUCACCAGUUCUAGCUGCCUCCCCUGAACCUUGGGGACCAUCCCCAACUGCGUCUCCAGAGUCUCGGAAGCCAGUCCAGACUGUCUCCCCUGAGCCAAGGAAGCUGUCCCCAUCGGAGUCUCCUGAACCUUGGAAGCCAUUCCCUGCUGUGUCCCCAGAGCCUCGGAGACCAGCCCCAGCUGUGUCACCAGGUUCUUGGAAGCCAGGGCCACCUGGGUCCCCCAGGUCUUGGAAAUCCAGUCCGUCAGCAUCAUCAGGACCUUGGAAGCCAGCUAAACCUGCUCCAUCUGUGUCUCCUGGACCUUGGAAACCAAUUCCUUCUAUAUCACCUGGAUCUUGGAAACCAACUCCAUGCAUGUCACCUGCGUCCUGGAAGUCUUCAUCAGUCUCACCUGGUUCCUGGAAGUCUCCCCCGGCAUCUCCUGAGUCGUGGAAGUCUGGCCCACCAGAACUCCGAAAGACAGCUCCCACCUUGUCACCUGAACAUUGGAAGACAGUUCCUCCAGUGUCGCCUGAGCUUCGCAAACCAGGCCCACCACUGUCCCCAGAGAUCCGUAGUCCAGCGGGAUCUCCAGAGCUCAGAAAACCCUCAGGGUCUCCAGAGCUCUGGAAGCUUUCCCCUGAUCAGCGGAAAACUUCUCCUGCUUCACUUGAUUUUUCUGAGUCCCAGAAAAGUUCCCGUGGUGGUUCCCCUGAUCUCUGGAAGUCUUCCUUUUUUAUUGAACCUCAGAAACCUGUCUUCCCUGAGACCCGGAAACCAGGUCCUUCUGGGCCAUCUGAGUCCCCUAAAGCUUCCUCUGAUAUCUGGAAGCCCGUUCUCUCUAUUGAUACUGAACCUAGAAAACCUGCCCUGUUUUCUGAGCCUACCAAAACAGCCCCUCCUGCUUCUCCUGAACCACGAAAACGUGCUCUUUUUCCAGAGCCCCGGAAACAUGCCCUUUUCCCCGAACUUCCCAAAGCUGCUGUCUUCUCAGAAUCUCAGAAGGCAGGUGAGCUUGGCGAUGAACUACAGGCAGAUGCCAUAGAUGAUCAAAAGUGUGACGUUUUGGCUCAGGAAGAACUGCUAGCUACGCCUAAGAAACUCGUAGAAGACACUUUAUUUCCUUCCUCAAAGAAGCUCAAGACAGACAACCAAGAGAACUCGGAUGCUGAGCUUAGCAGCAGUGAGUAUAUAAAAACAGAUUUGGAUGCGAUAGAUAGUAAGGGCCAAGAAUCGAGCAGUGAUCAAGAGCAGGUUGAUGUGGAAUCUAUUGAUUUUAGUAAAGAGAACAAAAUAGACAUGACUAGUCCAGAGCAGUCCAAAAAUGUGCUGCAGUUUACUGAAGAAAAAGAGGCUUUUAUCUCUGAAGAAGAGAUUGCAAAAUACAUGAAGCGUGGAAAAGGAAAGUAUUAUUGCAAAAUUUGUUGCUGUCGUGCUAUGAAAAAAGGUGCUGUUUUGCAUCAUUUGGUUAACAAGCAUAAUGUCCACAGUCCUUACAAGUGUACAAUUUGUGGAAAGGCUUUUCUUUUGGAAUCUCUCCUUAAAAAUCAUGUAGCAGCUCAUGGGCAAAGUUUACUUAAAUGUCCACGUUGUAAUUUUGAGUCAAAUUUUCCAAGAGGCUUUAAGAAACAUUUAACUCAUUGUCAAAGCCGGCAUAAUGAAGAGGCAAAUAAAAAGCUAAUGGAAGCUCUGGAACCUCCACUGGAGGAGCAGCAAAUUUGAUUUUUAAAUACAGUGUGGUUAUAUGCUCUACAGAGUUGUUUAUUGAACCCAUUUGUUGAAAGUAUAGUUAAAUAGCCUAGUUGGAUCAGUAGAUGUUGACGUGUAUGGUGUACUGUGUCUCAGUAGUGUUACAAAGCAUAAGCGUUUGGUUAUUUUUUUCUUGAUCUCUGUUUAUGUGGUUGUCGUGUAAGUCAAUAAAUUCAUAUUGUAUAUUCCAGAUGGGUAAAAUUAAUUUCAAUAUAUUUGAACAAUAUGAAGAGGUAGGCAUUCCAUUUAACAAGAGCAAGUUGUACUCAAUUUAAAACAUCUAGUUAAAGUGUAUCUUUUUUUGUGCAACUAAUUUCAGACGUUGGAAAUUAUUCGUUAGAAUGUUUAAGAAUUAGGCAUGAAAUUUUUGAGAAAUGUUGUUCUCAAGUAUUUUCACAUCAUAAAAAUUAUUUUAAAGUUUCUAUUUGGUCAUAUAAAAUUAAUUUAUUUAUAAAUCUUGAACCACUUCUAGGUGUUUAUUAACUUUUAUAUUAUGGAAGAUUGGAGUCUCAGGGUUGCUGAUUUUCUGCUAAAAGUGGGGAAAUUGAGUCCACUUAAAAAAUAGUUUGCAGCCUCCUCCUGUAGGAAACUGAGAAACAUGAGUGUGAUUUUAGGUCUUGUCUUUAGUUGUUUCCUUUGGAGUCUUCCAUUCUGGACCUUACCCCAAGAUCUGGCCCUUCACUUCCCUGUGAGCUCAAACCAACAGAUGAUCCUUAUUUGCCAAAUGUUUUAGAGUUGCACCUCCUACUCCUGGGCCUUAUGCACCAUCUGUCGGGGCUUCAGACCAGGGUAAUGAGCAGAACUGAAAGUCUUCCGGAUUCACAACAAAAAAUUUUAUAAAUAGACAUUACUGUUUAAGAGUACAUCAGUUUUAUGUUUUUCACAGUUGUUACUGUAAAUACCUUGUGCCUGUUAAUGGAUUAUUUUAUUCUAAAAUAUUUUGUCAACUGUGUAUCAAUCAAAUUAAAAACAAAGGCUUUCAUGUUA